GAAAUUCUCACAGUCGGUCCCUCUCGAGUCUCGACAAACUUCCAUGGCGUAGUGAGAGAGAGAGAGAGAAGAGAGGAUGGGGAAGAAGUCUUGCUCGUUUUCCCGGAAGAUCAUCCGGCGCCGCCUGAAGAAGAUGGCGGAGACAAUGCCGGAUGACGUCAUCUCCACCAACAAUGUCACCACCACCACCAACAACGCUGCCACCGUCUCUACAGCCGUUGUCGGAGGAGUCGCCGGUAAGCCGAAGAAGAAGACGGGCGGGGCACGAUUAUGGAUGCGUUUCGAUUGCUUUGGCCAGUCGGAGCUCAUCGAAUGCGACAAGAACGCCAUCAUCAAGCGCGUCUCGAUUCCAGCGAGGGAUUUGAGAAUCCUCGGCCCCGUUUUCUCUCACUCCUCCAAUAUCCUUGCCAGAGAGAAAGCCAUGGUUGUCAAUCUAGAAUUUAUAAAAGCCAUAGUUACUGCUGAAGAAGUGUUGGUAUUGGAUCCUUUGUCCCAAGAAGUACUUCCUUUUGUUGAUCAAUUGAGGCAACAACUUCCUCAUAGAAGCCCAUUUAAGAAUCAUGAGGAUGGUCAGUUAGAUGUACAAGAAAAAGAAAACUAUCCCUUAAAUGGUGGGAAAUGGUUGCCUGCUCCUGAAGCAGCUGAAGGUUUGCAGUGUGAGCUUCCUUUUGAGUUUCAAGUCCUAGAGAUUGCACUAGAGGUUGUUUGUACAUAUCUGGAUACUAGUGUGGCAGACCUUGAGAAAGAUGCUUACCCAGUCUUGGAUGAACUAGCUCGAAAUGUUAGCACUAAGAAUCUUGAACAUGUCAGGGGUUUGAAAAGCAACCUUACCCGGUUGCUUGCACGUGUACAGAAGGUUAGGGAUGAAAUUGAGCAUCUAUUAGAUGACAAUGAAGAUAUGGCAGAUUUGUAUUUAUCAAGAAAGCGGCUCCAGAAUCAACAAUUUGAGGCAAUGUUGGGAGUUGCAACUUCCAAUAGCAUUGUCCCUGUAGCACCUUACGUGCAAAGACGUGGUUCAAAUGUGAGUGCAAGUUUCAUCGCUAGUAACCUUUCAGAUGAUAAUGAUGUGGAGGACCUGGAGAUGUUGCUCGAAGCUUAUUUCAUGCAGCUGGAUGGGACUCGUAACAAAAUAUUGUCAGUUCGGGAAUACAUUGAUGACACAGAGGACUAUGUCAACAUCCAACUUGACAACCAAAGAAAUGAACUCAUUCAACUCCAGCUCACACUAACAAUUGCAUCAUUUGCUAUAGCUGUUGAUACCUUGAUAGCUGGGGCUUUCGGUAUGAACAUACCUUGCCAGUUGUAUAAUAUUAAGGGUAUCUUUGGCUCUUUUGUUGGAGGUACCUCGGCAUUUUCUUUCCUGCUUUUUCUGCUCAUGCUAGGGUAUGCCAGAUGGAAGAAGCUUCUUGGUUCUUAAGCCAGCCUCAGUAACGUUGAAAUUGUGAUUCAGUUCAUUCCUAAUGGUACCAUCGUCAGUGCAGCCAUUUUGUUUUAAAUACUCGAUACAGUUGCCAAGAGCUUCAACACAUGUCCUUAACUUUUUCAUUUGCAUCCUGAUCAUGAGAAUUCAAGAAAAUAAAGGAAGUUGAAAGAAUAACGCCUUUUCAUUGGUUAUAUUGAUGAAUGAUGAUACUUUGGGAAGAAAUGUAGGUGAAAGUGGGGCUGGUAUUCUCUUGUCAGUUCUAUUUUGACUUUUGAUUCUGAUUUUGGAUUUGAUGUGCAUGGCCUUGAUCCUUAAGAUAGUGUAAGAAUGUGGAUUUUACAGGGUGAAAGCCAAAUACUCUGCUUCAGUUAUAGCUGAUUAGAUGCACAUCCACGACUCUCUCGGCAGGUUGUUCAGAAUUCAUAUGAUCUACUUUGGCUCUAAAAGCAGUGUAGGCACACAGACAUGAACCCUCACAUGCAUUCACAGUUUUUUUUUUUUUUUUUUGUAUUGAUUCUGUACUUUUUUUUAUCAACAACAAUCAAAAUUUUUUAAUAAUGAAAAAGAUGAAAUUCUGUGCUGAACA